UCAAAUCCCACCCGACAUCUCCUCUCCUCAUCACCACCCAUUAUAUCAGUUCAUUUCGAACAAUCAUGGAUGUAGCAUACAAUCAACAUUCGCCUUACUCACGGCACAACAGCCGCUCAAACACUAACAUCAAUCACCUAACUCUAGCGCCUCUAACCUCCCGGCUUCCCCUCAACGACCAAGACGCUCUCCCAGACACCCAGCACAUCUCGUACAUCGAAGGUCGCUCCGCACCAACCACACCGUCAAUUCUCUCCCGCUCCUCCUCUCGAGUCUCCCUCCGAAAUCAAAAGCAAACGAACCUCUCCUUGCCAAAGAGCAAGUCGAGUACACAUCUGCUGCCAUCCCGGCAACCUCGGUCCGUCGUUACAACACCCGGUGGGACGAGAUUGCGGAAGGGUCACACGAGAGAUGGAUUGAGUCUCAGCUCUCUGUCUGCGAAGGAUAGGAAUGAUUCAGAUUGGCUGUUACGCGCUGGUGCUGCUAUCUCUUCGUCGACGCGAGAAUCGAAAGGACAAGCUUGGCUAGUGUCUCGAGCAAGUUCUACAAGUCUGACGGGACAGAAUGGUGAUGAGGAUGAGGAAUUGGGGCGAGAGCUUGCUAGGGAGAGGGAACAGGCUAGUCAGAGACAUAGUAGGAGGAGCAGUGCUGCUGGCACAUUCGAUGCCGACGAUGAGUUCUCGCCGGUGACCACGAGGCGGAGUUUGAGCUUCGGGCCUGCUACUGGUGGCAGUCGUUCCAUAAGUCGGUAUGGGAGCAGAGGUAAUAGCAGGAGAGGCAGCAGAGCACAAAUUUUUACGCCAAUGGGCGGCGAACGGGAAGGAUAUUUUGAUCAGAGAGCGUUCUCAGACGAGUUUAAUGCGGAACCAGAUUUCGUUGACGCUGAAGAGGAGGCGGAGACUGACGAAGAUCAAGAUGAAGCCAAACAGGAUGAGGCUAUUGUGAGAAAGCUGGCUAGAGCAAGCAGUUUGGGUCUCGGAGGAUGGGUUGAGAGGAUGCUGGGUUGGAGUUUAUUUGCUGUAGAUGAAGACGGUGAGGACACCGAAGUCGAGAUUGUGGACGAGAAAGGGGAGGACUCCGAGUUGUCCUCAAGAACGUCUCGGCGAACUCUGGAUGGAACUACAGAAUCCCUGACUGGUGAAGUAAUGCCUCCGCUGAGAGAUGACGAAGCUGGCGGCUGGCAAGAUGCAGCAUGGUUGUUGAGUGUGGCAACAAAGGUGCUACUCUAGCGGAUUGGAAACUUAUAAUUAUGACCAAAGGUGGUUAAUGAUGGCCUCGUGCUCUUAUACAUAAAUUGCCUCGUACCUAUAGACUAUCAACUGAAUGCUGAAACGUUAAAUCUGGAG